UUGUGGCAGUACAGGCAUCAGUGGGUGGUCAUGCCUAAUUGGCAAUGACAUAGCCAACCACCCGAGGCGCACCCACUUAUAAGAGGGGCGAUCCCUACCUGCCAUCUCUCUCUCGCUGCUCCUGACAGGUGAUGUCAUUUCCGGACCGGACGCUUUGCUUCGGACAGGUAACGCGGCUUGUCUGCUCACCUGAUGCUUUUGUCUCGCGUAGCAGGGAGCUAAUGAUUUUGUGUUGUGCUACAGAGUGGCCGACUUGGUGCUCUCCAGGCUCAUGUGUGUGUGUGUCAUCUGAAUGGCCUGCUGUGGUGAGUGUCUUCCUCUCUGCCUGUUACACGGCUGAUAAUUACCGUGGCUAAUUAUAGCCUGAUUGUAGGUGGACGCUGGUAGCUGUGCGGUACCCUCUCCCUCUUUCGUGGUGUGUGUGUCAUACUGGUUGACCUGCUAACUGUUGCUGAGGUCCGGUGGUGGUGGAGGUGACCUGGUGGCGGGGUUCCCCCCCCCUUCUUGUGUGCUGUGCUUCCCUGGGUUCUAGGUCUCCUCACUGAGUGUGUGCUGUGUGUGACUGUCACGUGUGCCUGGGUGCUUAUAUUUUUGGUUGGGGAUUCUCCACCAACCUGUAGCCUACACACCCCGGCACAUUGAAGCAGUGGUGUUUACGGAGACAGAGCAGCAGUAGUUCCCCAGUCGUCCCUUGCGUAGGUUUUGGUGAGAACCCUUCCACACACUUCACCUGUCGGCCUCAUAUCCAAGCAUACUUAUUAGCCUGUUAAGUUUUGCUGUAGUCAUGGAGACUGAGUUGCAGGAACUCCAGGAAUUGGUGGCCCAGUUAAAAGCUGAUAAUGAGCGUUUGCGGCGUGAACAGGUUGACCCUAGUGCCGGUCCAUCCACUUCAUCUGCCCCACCUACUGCCCCCUCCACUGUUAGUGUCCCUGUAACAGAGAGACUAGUUUUCGUGCCCCGAGAUAGGAAGUGUCCCAUCUUCAGGGGGAGGACAGGCAUAGGGUUGGGUGAGUGGGUUGAAGAAAUACAGGCAUGCAUGAGGGCCCGACAUUUAUCCCGGUCUGAACAGGCGUUUUUCAUAUUCGAUCACCUAGAGGGAGAGGCUAGAGAGGAGAUUAAGUAUCGCUCCAGUGCAGAGAGGGGAGAUCCUGACACAGUAUUGGCCAUUUUACAGGAGCUGUAUGGGUGCUCUGAGUCGUAUGUUGCUCUGCAGGAGGCUUUCUUCUCCAGGAGGCAGCAAGAGGGAGAAACUCUUCAGGAGUUCUCUCUAGCCUUGAUGGGCCUCAUGGAGAAAGUGGAGCAGCGUGCGCCUAGUCACAUGCCAAAUUCAGCAGCCCUGUUGAGAGACCAAUUUGUUGAGCAUGUGCUAGAUAGCUCCCUGCGUCGUGAGCUGAAGCAGUUGGUGCGUAGACAGCCUGAUUACACCUUGCUUGAUGUCCGGGCAGAGGCGAUCCGGUGGGAGCGCGAGGGUUUGCCUGGUGGUGCGAGGGGUCGCAGUCACUCUGUCCCCUCUGUGUUUGGUGUUCAGUACGGUGUUCAUGUUGGCCCACAGGAAACUGCCGCUUCACCCCCAGUGUCUGAGAUGGCUGAGCUGAGAGAGAUGCUCAAGCGUCAGCAGGAGCAACUCAGUCAGCUCACUCAAAGCAUUGCUCUCCUGCAGACCUCUCACCAGUAUAGUCGUCCACCCCGAAAUGGUCCAGUAAUAUGCCGGCGCUGUCACCAGCCUGGUCAUUUUGCGAGGGACUGUCGAGUGCAUGUUCCUCCUCCUUCACUGUCCCAUUCACAGCCCCCAUCCAAUUCUGCUGCGCGGUCUCAUUCUGCAUCAGUGUCGGAAAACUAGUGCCCACCGAACUGCAGAGCCACAGUUUGGGUGGGGUCGCUACUGGCUCACAGGUUGCUUCAGCUAGUUUAGAGGCUUCUAAACUGAUUUCGUCUUGUCCCCAUUUAGGUGUGGACAUGGGUGGAGUAAGGGUGCCCUGUUUAGUAGAUACUGGUUCCAUGGUGUCUACUAUCUCUGAGAGCUUUUUCCGCCAGCACUUUGAGCCUUGGGGUCAGGAGCGCCUUCAAUCAUGCCACUGGUUGCAGCUUAGGGCUGCUAAUGGCCUGGAGAUCCCUUAUAUUGGCUAUCUGGAGCUAGAGGUACAUCUUUGCGGCAAGUUGAUGUCACACUGCGGAGUGUUGGUUGUGAGGGACCCUCCUGGUGGUGUGCCUGCACAGGUGCCUGGCGUUUUGGGGAUGAACAUCAUCCGUAAGUGCUACCAAGAACUUUUUGGGCAGCAUGGCGCAGCUUUGUUUUCUCAGCCCUGUGUCUGUGGGUCCCCAGAGCCUGUUGUGCGGGCGCUGCAGCAGUGCCAUCGUGCUAGCACUGAGGCCCCACAGGACAGUCCAGGGAAGGUAAAAGUCAGGGGUAAGAGAGCUUGGCGCAUUCCUGGUGGUGUCAUGAAGAUCGUGGCAGCCACAUGUUCUGAGGUAUUUUCAGAGUCCACUGUGUUGUUUGAACCAUUGGACUCCGGGUUGCCUGCUGGCCUGCUGGCGUCCCCUGCUCUGGUUCGAGUAAGUCGGGGAACUGCAUACAUACCAGUCGUCAAUGUGGGUUCAACAGAUGUGCUAUUGUACCCCCGCACUGUUGUCGGCACAUUAGACGCGGUAAAUGUCGUCAGCCUUCCAUCCGGCGUCACUGAGGUUCCGUCAGGGGUGGCCACUGUCUUGUCUCAAACUGUUUCCCCCACAGUGCAGCAGCAGGUGGACGACAUAGACCUGUCCUCAUUGUCAUCUGGGGAGCAGGGUCAGGUGCGGUCCCUGCUUAGGCAAUACACCCCUGUCUUUUCAGCUCACGAUGGAGACUUGGGCUGCACAAAUCUGGUCUCUCAUGAUAUCCCUCUGGUUGAUGAUGCUCCCGUUCGCCAACGCUAUCGGCGCAUUCCUCCCUCUGAAUAUGAGGCAGUGAAAGAGCACAUCAACCAGCUGUUGUCAUCACAGGUCAUUCGAGAGAGUAGCAGUCCCUAUGCGUCUCCUAUCGUGUUAGUUAGGAAAAAGGAUGGUAGCCUUCGUAUGUGUGUUGAUUACCGACAGCUGAACAGCAAAACCAGAAAGGACGCCUUCCCUUUGCCACGCAUAGAGGAGUCUUUAGACGCGUUGUCUGGUGCCCGCUGGUUUUCGACUCUGGACCUGGCUAGUGGCUACAACCAGGUACCGGUGACUGAGACAGACCGACCAAAGACUGCCUUCUGUACGCCAUUCGGCUUGUUUGAAUGGAACAGGAUGCCCUUUGGUCUUUGUAAUGCCCCUGGCACGUUUCAGAGGCUAAUGCAGCGCAUCUUUGGAGAUCAACAGUGUCAGUCCCUGUUGUUGUAUCUGGAUGACAUUGUUGUGUUUUCGUCAACUGUGGAGCAGCACUUAGAGAGACUGGAUGUUGUGCUAAGCAGGCUCAAACAGGAAGGCCUCAAAGCAAAGCUCAGCAAAUGCUCCUUUUUCCAGAAGGAGGUGCAUUACUUGGGCCAUGUAAUCUCUGGUGAUGGUGUUUCCACUGACCCGAGUAAGAUCGAGGUGGUUGCCAACUGGCCGAUUCCCUCCACAGUGUCAGACUUGCGGUCUUUUCUUGGGUUUGCCAGUUACUACAGGCGGUUUGUGGAGGGCUUCGCCAAGUUGGCAGCCCCUCUGCAUAAGGCUGUGGCCGAGUGGGGCCGUGUAAGAACUGGUAAUUCUGGGCGUGGCAUCAUUGGGUGUUGGACCACUGAGUGUCAAGAGAGUUUUCAGGUACUGAAGGCCAGGCUUACCACCGCCCCAGUACUGGCCUAUGCCGACUUUUCACUUCCUUUUAUUUUGGAAAUAGAUGCAAGCCAUGGUGGCUUGGGUGCCGUGCUCUCCCAGGAGCAAGCUGGUAAGGUGAGGCCAGUAGCCUACGCGAGCCGAGGUUUGCGGCCCACCGAGAGGAACAUGGCAAAUUAUAGCUCCAUGAAGCUGGAGUUUUUGGCCCUUAAGUGGGCUCUGACGGAAAAGUUCAGGGAAUAUUUGUUGGGUCAUAAGUGUGUUGUCUACACGGACAACAACCCAUUGAGUCAUCUGUCCUCCGCUAAAUUGGGCGCCACCGAGCAGCGGUGGGCAGCCCAACUUGCUGCAUUUGACUUUGAAAUAAAGUACCGGUCGGGGAGGAGUAAUAAAAAUGCAGACGCCCUCUCCCGUCAGCACCCACCUGGCCCUCAGGAUGUGGGAGCUAUGCUCCCAGGUACUGUCAUUCCAACUGCGUUGCAACAAGCUUUGGCAUCAAAAGAGGUUGAGGUAAAUUUAAAUGCAAUUUCUGCCUUACCACAACACACUCCUUCUGACAUUCGUGCCCUUCAGCAGGCUGACCCUGUUAUUGAGGAGCUGUUGAGGUUUUGGAGGCGAAGGCAACGUCCCAGCCACGAGGAGCGGCAACAGUUGUCGCUACCUGCGUUGGCUCUGCUCCGGCAGUGGGACCGCCUCAUUGAGAAGGAUGGUGUUCUUUAUCGCCAAGUGUUUCGUUCAGACGGUGGUGAAGCUGUGCUGCAGUUAUUGCUACCAGUGGCACUGACCGACGAGGUUUUGACUCAGCUUCACCAGGAGCAUGGCCAUCAAGGGGUGGAGCGAACGCUGGCCCUCCUGCGGGCUAGGUGUUAUUGGCCUGGCAUGUCCUCUGCUGUUGCUCAGUGGUGCCAGACCUGUGAGCGGUGUCAGGUUGCAAAGGAUGUCCACCCAAUAGCUCGCAGCUUUUUGGGGCAUCUGUUGGCAUCACGCCCAAAUGAGAUCCUGGCAGUUGAUUACACCUGUCUCGAGCCUGCCCAGAACGGCAUGGAAAACAUCUUGGUGAUGACAGAUGUUUUUAGUAAGUAUACCGUAGCUGUCCCCACCCGCGAUCAGCGUGCCUCCACUGUGGCCAAGGUCCUUGUGUCUGAGUGGUUUUAUAAGUUUGGCGUACCUGCUCGGUUACACUCAGACCAGGGUCGUAAUUUUGAGAGCGCUUUGAUCCAACAGCUUUGCAGCCUGUAUGGUAUUGUUAAAUCGCGCACUACCCCGUACCACCCAGCUGGCAAUGGUCAGUGUGAGCGAUUUAACCGCACCCUCCACAACUUGCUGCGCACUUUGCCAGUCUCCCGGAAAAGGGACUGGAAUUCAUGUUUGCCUCAGGUUCUGUACUGUUAUAACACCACUCCCCAUCAGAGCACUGGAGAGUCGCCCUUCCUCCUGAUGUUCGGCCAGGAACCGAGGCUCCCAGUGGACUUCCUCUUGGGUCGAGUUGAGAACCCGGUGAGUGGCACCGUUCAUGAGUGGGUCCAGGAGCAUCAGGCCCGCUUGCAGGUGGCCUUUGAUGGAGCCAGAGGACACUUGCAACAGGCAGCUGAUCGUAGAAAGAGAAACCACGACCAGCAUGUGAAAGAUGUGCCUUUGAGUGAGGGUCAGUUGGUGUAUGUGCGUGAUUUCAGUGCGAGAGGUCCCCAUAAGAUCCGGGACCGGUGGAGCUCUGCAAGGUACCAGGUGUUGAGAGCCCCUAGGGGAGGUGGUGCUGUAUACACCAUUGUGCAGAUGGAUGAUCAGUCCAGGGUCAGGCAGGUCCAUCGCUCGAUGUUGAGGGCUGUGGUUGGGGUGGAUCCACCUGCCUCUGUCUCUGUGUCCAUUUCA